AUGUCAGUGGAACUUGCUCAACUAAACAAAUUGGAUACCACCAAACUACCAGAAUCCAGUGUUGCUUUCGUCAAAAACGCUUCUGGCAAGACCCUUGCUCGUGAAACCAUAAUUAAAUACACUCCAUCCCUUGCCUACGCUGUUGUCCAAGAACUCGAUUCUACGAUUCUUGGAAAAGAUAUUCUUGUUGAGAAGAAGCCAGAAGAUGACCUUCAACUCAAGCUUAUCACCAUUGAGAAAGUGAAAGAGAAUCGACGCCUUCUUCCAAUUGCUCAACAAUUCCAUACAGUUCCAGAUGGAAGACAUGCUGAGUGCCAUAUGACUGAUGUUCUUUCAACUCAUUCUCUCGGAACUUACAAUCUGGAUCUCAAGAAAAAUGUGACCAUCGAUUCGUUUGAGCUGACCGACUCAUGGAGAGACGAUGCUGGAUUCAUUGUCACUGACAGAAAUAUUUAUAUUCAAGGGACUUAUGACGUGGCGAAACUUCUCCCAACUCUUCUUCCAUCUUCUCAAAAAGUGACACCAUACACGAAGACUGACUUCGACUUGGUUUCUGACUUCGAUUCGACAGUAUGCGGAUUCUCUCGUGACGCCUAUCUCACUCUUCUUCUCUCUUCUUCGUCGACAAUUCUUCUUGCCAAAUCCUCGGGAUCCAUCGAUGGAAUUAUUGUUGGAAACGGAUCCGACAGAAUCAAUUUGAUCUAUGCUGAAACUAUUGAAAUUGCUCAUGCUCUUCUCAAAUCUUAUGUAGAGAAGACGAAAGUGAAGCAAGUCAUUUUGUUCACUGUUCAAGGAAUCUGGGAGUGUGAGCCAACAAAGAAACGGGCGGUCCACAGAAGACAUACUAGAGCUGUUCCUUCUCUUAUCAAAUGGGCCAAGAUCUACGCGUUGAACAUGGGUGUCCACAUCGUUUAA